AUCUCGUUUGUUGGCAUGAACGUGUAUUAGGCGACGGUGCAGAUGUCAAACUGCCAGCAAGAGUAGCAACAAAAGGCUGUCUUCCAUUUCUCAAAGACGCCCAGCAAAUUUGUUUAAUUAACACAAACCGUUUUACAAGUUGACUACCAUGACGUCACGAAAACGGAGCGGCAGUGGUUCCACAAAACGCCCCAAGGAAAAGGUUGUUUACAUAUACGAGUUGCUGUGUCGUGGGGAGGAUCCCAGCGCGGAUAGCCCCGAGUUCUGGCACGAGUUCUUUCUGCUGCAACCCAACUUUGAGUCCCUGGAGGACCAAAUCAGCAAAAUAAACAACGAACAGCUGCAUGUGGUAAAACCGAACUUGAAUACACUAUUCCAAAAAUGUAUAGAAAUGCUGGACACAUCACGGGAGGAUCACCCCAAGCGGCUGUGCAACAGCUUGCAGACAUUAUGCUCGCUCUUCUAUGGCAUAUUCAGGAAAUGCAACACGGAUGCCAGCUCAAACAUACUGAACGAGAUCUUCGGCCACGAGACAAUGGAUGAGUGGCUAAAGUUGCUAAUGCAGCAUUGCAACCGAAUUCUGCUUGGCGAUGUCACCGAAAACGCGCGCUUCAUGUGCCUGAAACUGUUGCUGGUGCUUGUGACAGGCACGGAUGUCAGCCAGAACGUGCUCCUUGAAUACCUGAUGAUGCACAGCCUGUUCGAUGCUUUUGUCCGCCUGCUGAGCGAUCCCACAUUUCGUGCCCAGCAUGGCCACGACAUUGUCAUACUGCUGACCAUUCUGGUGAACUAUCGGAAGCACGAGGCAACCAAUCCGUAUGUGGUGCAGCUCUCCAUUCUGGCCGACGAGCUAGCGUUGAAUGGCUAUGGCCAAAUGAUCUCGCAGUCACUCAUUGAUUUUUGCCGCCAGUAUAUGCAAAGCUUAAAUAAUGUGCAAUCCUCUUCGUGGUUCUCGUCGCUCUCAAGCAUGGUGGGCAACAUGUUCGUUUCCGACGAGGGUUGCGAGCGUGUGCAGCAGAUUAAGGCUAACAAUGGCCUAUUGCUGGCCCUGUAUGAGGCAGUGCAUCUCAAUCGCAAUUUUAUUACGACCCUGGCGCAUCCACAGGCAGAGUCGAGUGCACCGCCAUCGCCCAGCAACACAUUGAGCCUAACACAGCCGGUGCCUGAUCUAGCCAAUGCGCCCAUCAUAGACAUGACACAGUAUCCCACAAAUCUGCUCGUAGCAGUUUUUCAAUAUUGCUCCAUUGUUAUGCAGGACAACAAGAAUGAGUCCAGCAUUGCCAACUUGAAGCUGUGCUUUCUGAUACUCACCUGCAUAUCGGAGGAUCAGUAUGCCAACUCAAUGAUGCAUGACAGUAAUUUGACUUUCAAGGUGAUGUUGCAUCGCGCCCAAAUGCGUCAUCGCAAGCUCAAUGUGGAUCGUGUGGGGAAGUCGCAGCCUUUGGCGGCCACAUUGCUCGAUUUGCUAGUGGAGUUCAUUGUUUCGCAUUUAAUGAAGAAAUUUCCCAUGGAGCUGUAUCUGUUGUGUAUUGGCGUUAUUCAUCGCAUUCUGUGCUAUCAGAAACGAUGUCGCGUUCGCCUCAAUUAUCCUUGGAAGGAGCUGUGGUCGGCUUUGAUUGGUCUAUUGCGCUUCCUGGUCAAUCAGGAGCAGACACUAGUAAAAAAGUGCAAUAUAUUUCACUUGUCGCUGCAGGUGGUCAACAUUUUCAAUCUUUUCAUUACGUACGGCGACACAUUCCUAGCCACAACAAACAGCUAUGAUGAGCUCUAUUAUGAGCUGAAUCGCGAGGAAAAAGUAUUUACGGAAAUACAUGCCAUGGUUUUGCGCUACACAACUAUGCCGGAAUGCGAAUAUAAGGACGAUGUUAUCAAGCUACUAAAUGCUCUUGUCAACAUACUCGCCAUUGUGAAGCAUUUUCAAAACAAAAUCAAGGAAUGGCUGGCCGAGCAGGGUCUGUCGACACCGACGGAGGAGCAAAUACUUGAUGUCGUACGCAAGAAUUAUGACCUUACAUUAAAGCUGCAGGACUCGCUGGAUCAGUACGAACGAUAUGCUGAAGCACCGCUGCACAGCAGUUUCUUUCAGGCCAUGGUCCGUGAUGUGGUGAAUGAUACGCGGAAACACAUCUACGGCUAUGUUAAGGAAGCUGUGUCCAUUAUACCCGAGCAGGAGGUGUUACUAGCAACAGUUACCACCUCAACACCGACGACACCGGCGCCAUCCACGUAGGAGCCCACUGACUCCCAAGACUGUUAAAAUUGCUUUCUGACGUUUAGUUAUAUAAUUAUAUCCUUAAUUAUUCAAUCUCUGGAAGCAUACACUCGAUGUAAUCUAUAAGAUUAAAAGUGCUUUUGCUAGCUUUUGUUACCUUUCGUUGUCGAGCAGUGCACUUAUACAUAAAUAUAAAUAUACAUAAAUAUAUAUGUGAAAAAUU